GUCUGGCUGGCUUUCGUCUGUGCGCCUAUCGUGUGAGCAACGCAAGCAGCACAAACAACAUUGGGAUCUACAGCUAGAGGACGGGUGCAGGCACACCAUUUCCGAGCGCUGCUUCACAUCAAACCAAGCCCCUCGCUGACAUAAAAUAGCUACAAACUUGAGAACAUCACAACGAUCAUGUCGACUGCGAAUUAUUCAGCGAUGAACGCAACAACCGACAAGAAUCUGGACUCCGUGUCUGUGGCGAUGAUGACAGUCAUGACCAUCACAGACGUCUUCGCCGUUGUCGGCAGUACCAGCGUGAUGGCGGUCAUUGCCAAGACGUCACAGCUGAGGAUUCUCACUCUCAUCUUCGUCUUCAACCUCUGCGCGGCUGAUCUGAUGCAUUCCCUGUCCUCCACGCCUUUGGUCAUCGCGACGCUGGCUCACGGCGGGUGGUUUUCCACCGACCCUGUGUGUAAGAUUGCCGGAUUCUUGGACUCCUUCUUCACGUUCGGUUCGAUCUCUACCGUCUGUGUGAUCAGCGUGGAGCGUUACUACUCCAUCGUGCGACCCAUGGUGCACGCGGCGUACCUCACUCUCCUGAAAGCCCUGGUCGCUAUCGGUGUCAUCUGGCUGCUCGCGCUGACCUUCGCUAUCCUGCCUCUUCUCGGUUGGAACAGCUACUCCUUCGACCCUGUUCACGGAGAAUGCACCUUCAGUUGGUCCGAUGGUGGUGCGAGCACUGCCUACGCGAUCGUCAUCAGCGUCGUCUACUUCUGUAUCCCUGCCUUGGUGAUAAUCGUCAUGUACAGCUUCAUCUAUCGAACUGCACGUAAAGCAUCGCGGCAGGUCGGACCGCUACCGGCUCCUUUACUUCCCGAGGAACAGAAGCAGAAACCUUCCGGCAUAUUCUUACAAGUUCCGUCGGCCACGCCGUCGCAGAUGUUCAGUGUGUCCGCCGGCGUGGAUCCUGGUCCGUCCACGAACACAAACUCCGCAACAGCAAGAGGCGCUCAAGAUGGCGGGAAUCCCCAGGGGAAAAAGCAAAAUAACGAACCGCUGAAAGCGACUAAAACUCUGCUGCUCAUCGUCGGGCUUUUCAUCUUCACCUGGGGACCGUACUUCACAGUAAGUCUGUAUGUGGGACUAGUGGGGGAUAACAGAGGGGUAGAAGACGCUGUGAUUUGGCUCAAGAUUCUCGCCCGAGCGUCUUUCGCCCUGAACUCCUUGGUGUACGGGUUGCUGAACAGACAGGUGAGACUGGAACUGCACAAGGCGAUUCGCAGCCUCUGUAAACCGGCAGCAACCACAGACCUCCCUCCCUCGGCUAUCAACCUGCGCAGUUUUGACGUGGACGGGUCGCAGGUCGAAAACUUCUUCCAGUUCCUGGAAAGGACAAAUGCCGCGGAGAGGAAGGACGAAACCGGCGGGAACAGAAAUAAGAAAGACGCCGCGACCCAGCAUGACUUCCCUUAAUGCUCAACCUUGUAUGAAAAACGUUUUUAGACCAUUAAGAAUCCAUCUCCUGAAACCAGGACGCAUAAAGAAGGAAUUUCUUCCCACUGUGACUUUUCCAGCAGUUUAAAAGGUGAUUUUAUCCCCAUAAAUACAUAAACACAUUAACAUCCUAGACUGUCUAGCAGAAAGAAACAUUGCUUGAGUGUGUCGUGUCGAAUUGUCGAAUUGUCUACAUCUAAAUUUGUAACUAGAAAAUGUAUUCCUCAU